GACAUUUGUUGGCGCACCCAAACCGAAAACAGCUCAGGUUUGCAAAUGAUGCGCGGUUCCAGUCACCAAACAGUGGAUGUACUUUGAGUUUAGUCUCUAAGAUGAGUAAAGGUUCCUCCCUGAGGGGGUUCAUCUCAGAGAGACUCUCUGCGGCCUCUCUGGAGAUCUUAGCGGCUGUUGACAGAAUCGUAUCCGAAUAUGAGGAGGAGGCGUCGGGCUUCAGACUGCAGAUAGACCGUCAGAAGAAGCAGCUGGAGGUUCUCCUGCAGCCUGAGGUCACAGCAGACAGAGCAGGUGUGAAGCGCUGCAGGAGGGUCAGGACUUCAGAGGAAGAGGAGCGUGAAGAUGAGGAGGAAGAGUCAGCUCGUCCAGCUCCGUCAGGAAGUCGGUUCAAGAAGAGGAAGCCCUGCAGACCUCAGAUUGGCGUCACGCAGACCCACGUCGACCUCAGGAUCCGGAUCCUGGAGGACCCUGGGAUCAGUGUGCUCUCAAACAGCGUCCUGGAGACAUGUCCUCUGCUGAAGCUGAAGUGUCCUCGAGGCCUGCAGGAGGGGGACUUCCUGGACUUGCUGAGGUCCAGCUUCCCUCAGCUGACGGGAGACGACAGACUCUUUGACAUCUUGACGUCGGAUAAGAGGCGGAGGUUACGGCCUCUGCGGCUGAAGGCGGUGACGCCGGAGGAGAUCCACAGGAACAUCAGCUGCACCGACUGGAAGAAGUCGCCCAUCUACAUCCGGCUGAAGACGCUAAAGGAAACCCAGAAGAACGAGGAAGACACUGAUCCUCUACGGACAAGAGAGAACGACUCUGAAGUGUUGAUGUGGGAUAAAAACAAGCUUCACACGAGCAGCCCCCUUCAGGAGCAGCCACACGCCUCCACAUCAAACCAACAAGACAAGGAAGCAGAGGACGCUGAUGAUGGUGGAUUAUCAGGACCACGUGAGGACUUUGAGGCCUGCUGUGCAGCGAAGAGUAAAGAGGGCGAUAGUGCUCGAAUAGGAAAGGUGGAAGAAGAGGUGGAUGAGAGCGAUGACGAUUGGAAACCAGAGAAGAGCGACGAGGAGUUCAAGGAAAGCGACUCUGAGCUGCAGGCGAAGACAACGAAGAAACCCAAAUCAAGACGAUGUGGCGUCAAGGUGACGGAGAGCGGCGACGCUCUCGCCUGCAGGGUUUGUGGCGCUCUGCAGGAGUCGGAAGUCACGCUUGUAAAACACGCCUGGAGUCACGUGGAGGACCCAGAGAGUCUCUGUGGGGUCUGUGGGGAUCCUUCAGAGUCUGCUGAGGCGCUGAAGGAACAUCAUCUCAGGGAUCACAGAACUGAAGACUGCCACUUGUGCGGGGAGUCUCUCUGUGGUCGUCUCAGCUUCGACGAACACGUGGCCGCCCACUCAGGAGAGAAACCGUACGAGUGUGAGGUCUGUCCGGAUCGGUUCGCCCUGAAGGCGUCCCUGGAGAACCACCAGAGACUCCACGAGGACGGACAGCUGCAUAAGUGUCACACGUGCAGUAAGAUCUUUGAGCUGAAGUCCCAGCUGAAAGCUCACCGCAUGACUCACACGCACCUCUGUGGCGUGUGUGGGAAAUCCCUCAGCGACUACCGGUCCUUGUCCCGCCACAAGAUGACCCACAUCGAGGAGAGGCCGCACAGCUGUCAGGUUUGUGGGAGGAGCUUCAAGCUUCUCGGCACGCUGAGGCAACACGAGAAGAUCCACACGGACAGGGAGAGGUCGUACCUCUGCGACGUGUGCUGCAAGAUGUUCCUGACCAGCAAGCAGCUGCAGAUCCACAUGAGGACCCACACCAACGAGAAGCCGUACCACUGCGGCGAGUGCGGCAAAGGCUUCACCACCAAGGGGCCUCUGACGGUUCACAUGAGGGUCCACACCGGGGAGACGCCGUACCGCUGCCCGGAUUGCGGCUGGUCCUUCAAACGCAAGGUUCACCUGGACAACCACAUGACGGUCCACUCGGGACUCAAACCGUUCGUCUGUGGGAUCUGCGGGAAGGCGUGCGCCCGCAAGAAGUACCUGAAGGUCCACAUGAGGACUCACAACGGGGAGAGACCGUACAAGUGUGUACUCUGUGACAAAGCCUUCACUCAGGGUCACUGUCUGAAGACGCACAUGAAGAGCCACCAGGGGGGCGACCCCGGGACGUGACGCUAACCAUGGACCAGAUCCAUGCCUUUUACUUCACUUCCACUUUAAACUGUGAACGUGUUAAUGUUAAAUUAUCUUUAUGAUGUGUGAUGAAGUGUUUACUGGAGAGAGACAGAGACUCAUGGAGUCACUGAAAGU